ACAUUAAUGUAAUGUGAAGAAAAUAAUAUUUUAAAUCGUAACAUAUAUUUUUAUCAUGGCUCCUAACACCUCAGAUGCAUUUUAGAUAUUAAUUGCAUGAACAAAAUGGUUCAUAUGACUGAACUGUGCUGUAACGGAAGCGAGGCUGGAAAUAAGUCAUCCAGUACUUCUGCAGAUAACCAAAAUCGGGAUACGGACACAUCGCAACAAGAUGAAUCGAGCUCUAUAUUUUCCAUUUUUGAUAUAUUUGGGUUUGGUAAAAAACCCUUGGUGGCACACCCAGCUACAUACAACAUGGUACCUACUAUGCCACAAUGCCAUUGCGCACGUAUCAAGUUAAAACCCGUUACGGUCACUACUCCACCAACUAACAAGGGUGAAUCGCAGAGUGUAGUAAAACGUGUAAAGGUCGAAAAAUGUGCUAGAUUCAAUUAUUGGUGGCUGAAGUGUUGCCAGUCAGCCAUGUUGAGGAAACCAGGUGUAUAUUGGAAUCUAGUGGAAUAUCUCGAUGAAAAAGUAACCAUAGAUGGUGUUAAAAUGACAGUGGCUGAUAUAGUACUAGGACAGAAAACAACAACAGCUAUCAUGCUGGACAUUCGAAGAACAUACCCAUCGCUUAGGUUCUAUACCAGAUAUGGUAGGAUAAUGUUGAGAAGGAUACUCUUGGCAUAUGCCUUCUUUGAUCCAGAAGUAGGAUAUGUGCAAGGACUAAACUUUAUAGUAGCCAAUCUGUUAUGGCACAGCACAGAAGAACAGGCUUUCUGGUCGUUUUUGUCAAUGAUGUACAUGUACGACUGCAGGUGCAUGUUUCUCCAGGGUCUGCCUGGAGUGUUUAAAAGAUGCGACAUCAUUGAAAAGUGUAUGCAAGACCACGUUCCCAAAUUAACGGAACACCUGAGAAACGUCGGGGUCCAUAUACCAAUGAUCGCAUCAGACUGGUUAAUGACACUGUGCGCCAACUCAAUCCCAAUUAAACCCUUGGCACGAUUGUGGGACUCGUUUUUCGCCGAGGGAUGGAUUGUUAUUUUCAGAUUUGUUCUAUGUAGAUUAAAGCAAUUCGAACCAUAUCUACUCACUAUAAACGAUGUGGCAGAUAUUAUGAAAGUCAUAAAAUAUGGACACGCACAAAAGGCAGAAAGCUGGAAUUUUAUAGAGCUAAUACCAGGCUUCGGGCAAACAUUGGAGAACAAGGGGGUGAAAUUAGUGGAGGAUGCAUACUAUUCAAAUUGUGAAAACCUUACAAACGAUCCCAAUAAGAACAGCAAUGACAAAGAUUGGAUGGAUAUUGUAAUGGCCUCAAUGAAAUUCGAUGUUUCGGUAGAGCUGAUCGAUAAACUGGAGUUGCAAUCUAACGAGGACGUAUACUAUGAAUGUGCAAAUUCACACAAACUGUUCCCAAAUGAGGAAAUAGAUUGCAAAAGUGAAGGUUUGGUAUCUAGGUCCAGUUCUGAUAAUGAAGAAAGUAGUAUGAUGUUAUACAGAGAUGCACAACCAUCGGAAGAUAACAGCCCAUUACCUCCACAUAUCGCUAAUGAUAAAUCAGCAUACGACACCUUGCGCGCUCACAAUCUUGGUGAUGUAGCUGAAAAGCUGCAGAGUCUUGCAGAAACUAUCCGGAAACAACUUGCGGAUAUCGGUAUUGCCAACCCUUAUAUGUUACAUCUCAAGGCACUCAGAGAUGAGUGAUC